AUGGCUGGAGACGGCUCUGCUUCGUCAGCUAAUAAGAGAACCCGAAAGGGAGGUGUGGAUCGAAAGCCGAGACAGGCCUACUCGGCUAAGCAGCUGGAGAAACUGGAGGAGGAGUUUAAGAAUGACAAGUACCUGAGUGUGAGUAAGAGGUUGGAGCUGUCGGUGGCUCUCAACCUCUCCGAGACACAGAUCAAGACAUGGUUCCAGAACAGAAGGACUAAAUGGAAAAAACAGCUGGCUUCAAGAGUGAAACUGGCUUACAGGCAGUUCUGGCAACUUCCCCAUAACCCAGCCGCUGCAGCUGCCGCAGGAGCCAUGACAUUCCCCCACGCUCUUUAUAACUUCCCUGGCAACCCCGCCCAACAAGCUACUAUCGCAACACCGGGUGGGGGGCUGCCCUUCGCAAGUCUUCUUCCCCAAACGACCGGGGGGCUAAUGCCGUUUGGAUUAUUUGCACCUCCGAAUAAAACAAUUCAGUCGGAGCCUACAGGCACGAGUUUGAGCCUCCAACAACUAGCUCAGUUAGUGGGAUCUUCAAACCCGACAACGCUGAGCUCGCUUAUAACUAGCGGGGCUAAUAAUUUUGGGCUAAAUAAUGCCCAAAUUGGGCCGUUAAUGACACCCCUAGGUCUGAGUAGACUACUGGCUAGCUCUAGUAGCCAGUUUUCCAGCGUGAACGAUCAACUUGUUGCUCAGUUUGGAGUGAAAAAUGACAUAAAUUCAAAAAAUGAAAACUUGAUUGUCAAUGACCUCGAACGAGAGUUGAGAGAAGAGGUCAAUGAAUUUUACGAUGACCUCGAAGAUAAUGAAGAAGACAUACAACUAAUGGGAAACGAAGAGAAAAACCUGAAUGACGACGAUUGAUUUUAUAAAACGGAGCUUAAAACAAGUUUUGAAUGCAUUUUUGAAUGUUUAGGUAGACUGAAUGUAAAAUAUAUCAUAACCUGUAUAAACUUAUUCAAC